UUAGUCAAUUCAAAGCCAAGGGCGGAAUAACAUUAAACUUUUUUUUGAGGCUGUAUAUUAACUGAUUAACUUAAAAAAUGUACAACAUAGAAGUUCCGGAUGAUGGAAUCGCUCAAAAAGUUGAAGCUCCUCAAAUGAAGGAAUUUGUGAAAAUUUCAUUGAAAGAUGAUCCAAAAAAAGUUUGCGUUCUGCCUAGAAAAUAUGUUGACCAGGAUCUUGAACGAAUCAAAAACAUGGAAAUAUUUCCCGACGAUGUUUGGGUCGUAACUUAUCCAAAAUGUGGAACAACUUGGACACAAGAAAUGGUUUGGAUGAUUGGACAUAAUCUUGAUUACGAAACAGCAUUAAAGAUACCUCAAGACGAUCGAUUUCCAUUUCUGGAACUUAGUAGCAUCGCAACAAACUUCCCAAAAGACACGUUCGAGGAAUGCAAAAAUCAGGCUAGACCACGCUUUAUUAAAUCACAUUUGCCUAUAUUUUUGUUACCUGAUCAGCUUUGGACUGUUAAACCAAAGAUCGUCUAUACAGCUCGAAAUCCUAAAGACACUGCCAUAUCUUGGUUUCAUCAUCAUGCAAACUUGCAUGGCUACCAAGGAACCAAAGCUGAUUUUAUUGAAGCAUUUGGAAAGGAUUUAGUUCCUUAUUCACCAAUGAAUGAUCAUGUCAUUGACUUUUGGAAUAUUCGAUUCCAGCCAAAUAUUUUGUUCCUUUUCUUUGAGGACAUGAAGAGGAAUUUGAAGCAAGAAGUCACAAAAGUUAUGAAAUUUAUGGAAAAAGACUUUUCUCAGGGUGAGAUCGAUAAGCUUUGCGUCCAUUUGUCAUUCGAUUCUGUUAAAAAUAAUAAAAUGAUAAACAAGGAAGACAUUAUAAAGCAAGUGAUGGAAAUGACUGGAAGAGAAUACAAUCCAGAAAAGUUUACAUUCAUAAGGAAGGGUAAAGUUGGUGGAUACAAGCAGGAAUUGACAAGAGAACAAAAUGAAAUGCUGGAUGAGUACAUCAAGAAGGCUGAAUUUGAAAUUGAAUAUCAAUUUUAAAAGAAACUUAAAUUUUAUGUUAAAUAUAUUUUGGGUAAUAAUCGUAAAGUUCCACCCAACACCCCCAAGUAAGUCAGCAAUAAAAAUGUUAUCAAGAAUGAUAAAAAAUAAUCAGCACUUAAAAACUUAA